UGUAAAUUUGCUUCAAAAGUCUGUCGGUCGCUCGAUCGGUCGGGUGUGUAUUCUUACCUAUACGACUAGUUUCAAACACAGAAGUGCUGCACUUUUUUUGGAGUGACAGAUUCUCGAGACUCUAUUGUCGUCGGAGAAUCUUACGUAAUUUUUCAUUACCAAAGUUCGAACGGCGUUCGUCGCGAAAACAGCCGAUUUUUCCAGGUGCUAGUGGGUUUUCUUUAUUUUGCUCAAACGAAACGGAGAGGGUGGUUUUCGAUCCAGUGGUUUGUAUAAAAAAUUUUCAGCUCUUUGUGUGUUGAAAAUUUGAAAAAUCGAUUAUCUGCUAAUAAGGUGUUUUGAAAGUAUAGCGUUAAAUAGUCAGCGACGACUGAAUUUACCGAAUUCCAGUGCAGAUUAGUAACCUUCGUUCUCUCGUGACCAGGAAGCGAGUAGAAAUCGAUUCAAAAGUGCUGUGACACCUCGUCACGUAACAGGGUAUCGGAAGGCAGACGCGGAUCAGUGCAAGGCCUAAGGAUUUUAGCGGCAAGGCAGGGAAAGGAAGAAAACCCAAACCAGUUGUUUCCCGUUCGAGCAAACGUGAAGAAAAAGUGAACCCAAACGAAAAUGUUUGCAGUCUGUAGAAGCGGCGGAUCGUUCGUUACCAACAUUCAAAGGUAUGGCGUCCGUUGCAUCGGCACCAUACUUCCGGAGAGCAGGCUGCCAGACUUUCCGCUGAUCAACGAACCGGUGCUGCAGUACAAGAAAGGCUCCAAGGAACGCAAAGAGAUCGAGGCGGCCCUCAAGAAGACGGCCUCUGAAAUGGAGGAUGUACCGAUUAUCAUCGGUAACGAGGAGUUCCGUACUAACACCGUGAGGCAUCAGGUGAUGCCACACAAUCACAGCCACAAGCUGGCCCAGUUCUAUUGGGCCGACCAGAAGUUGGUGGAGAAAGCCAUCAAAACGGCCACCGAAACACAGAUCAAGUGGGACCGGACGCCGCUUUCGGAGCGCAUCAAAAUCUGGCAGAAGGCUGCGGACCUGAUGGCUGGCCCAUACAGGCAGCAGCUGAACGCGGCCACCAUGCUCGGGCAGGCCAAGACUGUGAUCCAAGCGGAAAUCGACUCCGCUGCAGAGCUCAUCGAUUUCAUUAGAAUGAACACGUUCUAUCUGAAGGAAGCGACUAAGUACAGUCCGAUCAGCGAAAACAGUAAAGUGACGAAAAAUUCGAUGCGGUAUCGUGGUAUUGACGGUUUCAUCGCAGCCAUCAGUCCUUUUAAUUUCACUGCCAUUGGUGGAAAUUUGGCAUAUACGCCUGCACUAAUGGGCAAUGGUGUUUUGUGGAAGCCAUCCGAUACGGCGCUCCUGUCCAACUACAUCAUUUUCAAGAUCAUGCGAGAGGCCGGAGUUCCUCCAGGUGUCGUCAACUUCAUUCCUACGGACGGUCCAGUUUUCGGUGAUACCAUCACGGCUUCGCCACAUCUAGCGGGCAUCAACUUUACCGGAUCGGUUCCGACUUUCAACCGGUUAUGGCGACAGGUGGGUGAAAACAUCAACCGCUAUCACAAUUUCCCUCGACUGAUUGGAGAGUGCGGAGGCAAGAACUACCACUUCGUCCAUCCAACGGCCGACGUCCAAUCAGUGGUGAACGGAACCAUAAGAUCGGCCUUCGAGUUCUGUGGUCAAAAAUGUUCAGCCUGCUCACGAAUGUACGUUCCGGAAUCGAUUUGGGGUCCGAUCAAAGAGGGCCUGCUGAAGGCACGCGACCAGCUGAAGAUCGGUGAUGUGACCGAUUUUAGCAGUUUCACUUCUGCCGUUAUCGACGAUAAGGCAUUCAAUAGGAUCAAAUCGUACAUUGACCAUGCUAGGAAUUCCAGCAACUUGGAGAUCAUUGGAGGUGGCAAGUAUGACGACAGCAAAGGCUACUUCAUUGAACCGACAAUCGUCCAAUCGAGCGACCCGCAGGACAAGAUCAUGGUGGAAGAAAUCUUCGGUCCGGUCCUCAGCAUCUACGUGUACAAGGAUAAGGACUUGGAAAAGACGAUGAAGCUGGUUGGAAACUCGACGCAGUUUGCUUUAACGGGAGCUGUUUUCGCCAAAGACGAGGCGUUCUUGAAGCGCGCGUUGGAAGAAUUCAAAAUGACUGCCGGUAACUUCUACGUUAACGACAAGUCUACUGGCUCCGUCGUAGGACAGCAGCCGUUUGGCGGUGGCCGAAUGUCAGGAACCAACGACAAGGCUGGCGGACCUCACUACGUUCUCCGGUGGUCGACACCACAAUCGGUGAAGGAAACCUUCGUUCCGCUCAGUGAAAUCGACUAUCCGUAUAUGCGCGAGUAAGACGCCGCCGACCGCAAACGAUAGCAAAACGAACUUUACUGCGGAAGAAUUAUCACGAAACUAGAGAACACUUCAUUUGCAUAAAAAGAAUCCACAAAAGAUGCACCCCGCAAAUCAACCCAUCCCUGUGCACCCUCUACUUUGCGCAACUAAACUCGCAACCCGAAGUGAACGGUAGUAUUUUGUUUUUAACCCCUAAGGCUCGAAACUAUUGGGCUUACAGCAGCUCCCGCGCCUAUGACAUCGUGCCGCGGCCAAAGAAGAGUGAUAUUAUUCAAUAUGAAAUCUCGUAUAUUCCUUGUGAUUCCUUACGUUUUGUUCAAAUCUAACCGAGCAUUUUACUUCUUUGAGCGAAAACAAAAACUAACAGUUGUUUUAUGUCUGAUCUGAGAGGCGGCUGUUGCUAAACAAGGACCCAAUCGUACCUUUUUCGAAAUUAUUGUUUUACUACAAACCAACAACAACACUACUUUAAAACUUAAGUAUUUUCUUUGUGAUCAGUGAACAUACCCCUACUGUUUUUGUGAAAUCGUCUGUUUUGAAAUUAUUAUUAAAUAAAUGUUAUUUAUUCGGAAAAUUUGAUCUUUAAAUUCUCUUCUCUAAUUUUGAUCCUCUAAUUCAAUCGCUAAAACAUGUGACAAUAUUAAUAAUAAAAGUUAUGAUAAAAAUUUAGCAUACAUAAAAGGCAUUAUAUCAAUAAAGAUUUUAUGUUACCAGCUCCAAAACACAUAAAUACAUGAAAACUACCCACUAGCCGUUGUUAUCGGAAAUAAAUGAAGAAAACAAAUCUGUAUUGAAUUGUACGUGUCAUAAGAAAAUGUACCAAAAGCCCUGAAAGCUUACACCUAUAGUCAAACAAUAGUAAUGGAGAUGGUAAUCACAUUCUAACUAGCGCCCAGCCAAAGUUUUAGUUAAUACCUUAAGUUACUUCAUCAAACCAAACACACAAAUACCCACACGUACUACGAACAAUUACUGUUUCUCGAAAUUAGGUCUGCAAAAUUCAUAAUUCAGUUGCUUGAAAAACAUGUCAAAACGAAAAGUUCAACCUUGGCUGUCCGAUGAGAACGACCGCUCUAGGUUAUUUGAGCAAAAGAAGCAACUAGUAAGAACGAAACAUAAGUGGAACCAUGAAAAGCCACGCCAAAUUGGUACUGAGACUGGUAGGAGCGAAAUUAUUGCAUGUGAAAAGACUUUGUUCGGUAACUACUGUGUAGUGGGUAACGAUUAUCGCGUACCCAAUGAACCGCCUGUUUGGAACGGUUGUACACCGUGGAGCGUUGUUCAAGAUAUCGACGCGUGUAGUAGUAACUGGAACGACAAAAUCGUUUCUAAAACCAUGAACUGGAAGAACCCGUGGAACAUGAAUAACACUGAAAUCAUAAAUGUAGUUUUUAAGCGUAUUUGGAGAUCGAAGUUAAUAAAUGUUUAAACUGGA